CUUCACUUUCGCUUUCGCUUCUGCUUUAAGUACUGUUCGCUUGUAACUGUCGAAUGGUCUUUAGAUUUGUUAUUCCAGUUUUACGUGCAGUUUUCGGUUGGAAUACCUUCCAGUAUGUCCAAAUUCAAUAUAAAAAUAGGCAAAUGUGAUGGCGCUGUCGUAAUUGGGGAUAGAGCGAAUUUGACAAUUGGGGCGACCCAAGGAGUACCACAGGAACAGCAUGUCCCAAGGGAAACAACAACAACAACAACAACAAUAACAACUGGUGCAGUUCAUUCACCUUGUCAAGAGACUGGGGAUGAUAUCAAUUACAAGGCAAAGUCUGGUUAUGUACUGGUAAUUAAUAACUACAUCUUCCCCACGAGGCCAGAUGGUGAACGCCAUUGGUCAGAAGAAGAUGUGAAAGGUCUCAAGAGUCUCUUUGAUGAUUUUAAUUUCACUACCAAGAUUCAUGACAACUUGGAACAAAGUGAAAUCAAAAGAUUACUGCAAGAUACAUCAGAGAAAGACUUUGGCAGAUAUGACUGUUUUGUUUGUGUAAUCCUCAGUCAUGGUUCUAAAGACGGAAUCUAUGGCACUGAUAAUAAAUUAAUCAACAUUGAGGCAAUUACUUCCUGUUUUCGCCGAAAUGAGUGCCCAUCUCUUGAAGGGAAACCAAAAAUAUUUCUGAUCCAAGCUUGCCGUGGCAGUGAACAGGAUAGGCUAACUAUUGAGAGCGACAGCGAGCCUAUUCCACGCGCAAGCUCAUCUCUGCCAGCUGAUGCUGAUUUUCUGAUCUGUUUUGCCUCUGCUCCCAAUCAUCAAAGCUACAGGCAGCCAGAAAUUGGUUCUUGGUUUAUUUCAGCAAUUGUUGAUGUCUUCAAAAAGUAUGCAGAAAGAGAGCACCUCAUGGAUAUGAUGCUGAGGGUCAAUAACCGUGUUGCUAAUUUUUUAGGCAAAAUGGGCCAAACAAGCCUCAAGCAAAUUCCUUGCCAAGUCUGUAUGCUGAGAAGGAAAGUGUUUUUCAAUCCUACUCAUAACACUCCGUGAACUCUUUUCAAUAAAUGUUGUUAUGUGAA